AUGCAGGAGCAACAGGAACAUGUGGUGUGCAAGGAUCACAUGCAAAUUAUCAUGAAGGGAAAGCGCACAAAGCGUCAAAGGGUUCCAUCUCCACUUAGGUUAACCAUGUCAACAUGUUCCAGUGUAGGAAGAAGCAGCACUGACAAUUCCAUAGGAUUUGAUCUCACUACAACCUCAAAUGAAUUCAGGAAUAGAACAGAAGAGGAAGAGGACAUGGCCAAUUGUUUGAUUCUCUUAGCUCAAGGCGGCCACCACCACCAUCAUCAUCAUACCCCAAAACCCUCACAACAUGUGGCAUCACGUGAUCACAAUAGCAACGAGGCAGGGUUAUACCUUUAUGAGUGCAAAACAUGUAACCGAUGCUUCCCUUCAUUCCAAGCCCUUGGUGGCCACAGAUCAGCCAGCCACAAGAAACCUAAGCCAAAUACAGAAGUAGGUCAUGACGGUUGUGACCCCACAUGCACCACCCUCUCCUUACAAGUAUCAACCAAUAAUAAGGCUUUGUAUAAUAGCUGCAGCAAAACGAUUAGUACUAAAUCUAAAGUUCAUGAGUGUUCCAUAUGUGGGGCUGAAUUCUCAUCUGGGCAAGCCUUGGGGGGACAUAUGAGGCGGCAUAGAAAUCUUGUGAGCACUUCUACCACAAUAUCUAUGAGUGGGGCAAUUGCAAAUAAUGGUGGUAAAAUCCAGGAAGCCAAGAAACACAAAGAUGUUUUGGAUUUGGACUUGAAUCUUCCGGCACCUGAGGAUGACCAUAGGGAAUCCAAGUUGUUUCCUUUUCAGUCCAAAGAAAAAGUUAUUGGCUUCUCUGCAACUUCUUUGGUGGAUUGUCAUUACUAA